AUGGGUGCUGACUGGGAGGCUACCCUGGAGGGCGAGGCGACGUUGAACGUCGAGGCCAGCGCUCAGGGCAACAUCGAGGCUGACGGAAGUCAAUCCAAUGCUUCCAUCGGGAUUGAUCAAGCCCCCGAUGGCAGCACCAAGGCAUGGCUAGUUGCAGUGGGCGGGACAUGUAUCUUCUUCGCGACCCUAGGCUUUGCGAACUCUUACGGGGUGCUGCAGGAAUACUAUAUGUCUCACCAGCUUCGAGAAUACUCCGCCGACGAUGUUACCUGGAUUGGGUCGGUUUCCGUCUUUCUCCAAUUUGGAUUUGGCUCAAUUGGCGGGCCAAUGUUCGAUCGGGUAGGCGCAUGGAUCAUCCGACCCGCCGCUAUCCUUUACGUCUUUGGAAUGAUGAUGACCAGUCUCUGUCACAAGUACUGGCAGUUCAUUUUAGCCCAGGGAGUUGUGCUGGGUAUUGCAAAUGGCUUUCUUCAGUUCCCCGCCAUGGCCGCUGUGUCGCAAUACUUUGACAAGAAACGCGCCUCUGCCCUAGGUCUGGUCGUCUCCGGUUCCUCCAUCGGAGGCGUGGUGGUUCCGAUUGCAUUAACCCGAAUGUUUGACCACACCUCACUUGGAUUCGGCUGGUCCAUCCGAAUCAUUGGGUUCAUCAUCCUUCCCCUGCUGGCCUUCGCAUGCGUCACGGUGACAGCUCGACUCCCGCCUCGCCGCACGAAUCUGUACAUCGCCGCUGCCUUCAAAGACCCAACUUAUCUUAUGAUUCUCGUUGCUCUCUUCUUCAUGUUCCUCGGGAUGUUUCCUCCUUUCUUCUUCAUCCCCACCUACGCCGUAAGCCGCGGCAUGAGCGUCACCCUUGCUUCAUACCUGCUUGCCAUUCUGAAUGCCUCCUCGACCUUUGGCCGUGUCAUCCCCGGCAUCCUGGCAGAUCGAUUCGGCCGCCUAAACGCCUUCGCCAUCGGGGGCAUCAUCAACGGCAUAGUUACUUUCUGUUGGAACCGUGUAGAGACUAAUGCAGCAUUGAUUGUUUAUUCGGCUGUCUUUGGCUUCACCUCCGGAACCAUUAUCUCUGGGGGGUCGGCGGCCUGCACGAUCUGCACGAAAUCUCCCCAAGAUGCGGGCACAUAUCUUGGGAUGGCGUUGGCCAUUGCCUCCCUGGCGGCACUGGCAGGUCCGCCCAUCGCUGGCAAACUCGUAGAUGUCUAUGGAGGAUACUUAGAGGUUUCCAUGUUUUCUGGCGCUACUUGUAUCUUUGGGGGCCUUGUGGCACUUCUGAGUAAGGCAACCACUCCAGAAGGGCUUUUUGGGAGAGUAUAA